AUGUCCAGUUUGCACCAAAUCAAAAACUUAACCCACAAUUGUUUAAAACUUCUAAAAAAGAGAAAAUUACAGAAAUGUCAGCAGAAUAAGAAUCAAGAUUUUAAUGAUAAUGUAGAUGACCCAGAAAUAAAUGAAUGUGUGGAAAAGAAAAUUAAAUUUAAAGCCGUAGCAUUUGAUUUAAAUGACAGUGAUAAAUAUCUAUGUGAUUUAACCAGUGUUGAUCAAAAUAAAUCAUUUUCCCUUCCAUUAAAGUCUAGCGAAGAUAUUUCUGAAAGAAUUUUACAAAUUGGCUGCUAUAGUAUCAAUCGUAUUGCUUUAAAGUCUUUAGAUUCUUAUAUCAGUAAAAGUGAAGAAUUUUUUAUAAAAUCGGUUUGUACAGAUUUUGUUAGGGGGUGGUUAUUUGAUGUAAUCAUAAAUGCAUUUUUAUACAAAAUUUUAGAAAGUGAUGAUCAAUAUACUUUUGCUGAUUCCUCGAUUACCCAGCUUAUCUUAUCUGAUGCAUUAUCACUUGGAAAUGUUUUUCCUGUUUCUUUGAAAUCUUUCAAAUAUUUAUUGAUUCCUGCUUGCAUUGAUUCUCAUUGGGUUCUGAUCAUAGCAGAUUUAAAGAAAAAUACCUUUUAUUUAUAUGACUCGUUAAUAAAUUCAUGCAAUCCAAAAUACAUAAACUUAACUAAUAAAUGGUCUAAUGUAAUUAACAGUGAGUUACAAAUUAACGGUUCAUGGGAUAUUCAGUGUCCACCGCAUGCUUUACAAAAUGAUGAAAGCAGUUGUGGGGUCUUCAUCUGUUAUUAUGCAUUUCAACAUGUAAAUAAAUUAGCCUUAAAUCUUCCUUUAGAUACCCUUCAAUUUAGAAAAUUUAUUUAUAAUAUUUUAACUGAGAAUGUUCCACCUUGUACACAGGAAAAGAUAAAUUUAUCUUCAGCAGAGCAAAACUUUUCAGUAAAUGUUAGAAUGAAUAAAGAUUUGACCAAAUCAUGUUUAAAAAUACAUGAUAUUGAAAUUACACCCAUAUAUGUUAAAAUCUAUAGAUCCUUUUAUAAGUAA